CUUUUGCGUGAAGUUUCGACAGCUGCCUCACUGACUUCCAGGUGUAGCCGAGGAGGUCCCCGCUCCUCUUGAGUCUGAGAAGAGUUUGGGCAGCCAUGGCUGGUCUGAAUGUCCACAUGAAAACCUUGGAGGACCUGACGCUGGACUCAGGCUACGGGGCGGGGGACUCCUGCAAAUCCCUCAGCCUGUCUUCCUCCAAGUCCAACUCUCAGGCCUUCAUGACGACCCCCCACCGGGGAAACUGGUGGUACUACUCGGGCUCCAUGAACAGCAGGAACAACAGCUGGGACACCGUCAACACCGUCCUCCCCGAAGACCCGGAGGACAUCUUCUCCAAGUGCAACCGCUUACCUGAGCUGGAGGAGUUCCCCUGGACGGAGGAGGACGUUGCUAAGAUACUUCGCAAAGUGUCCGAGAGUGGGGGCGUGAAGUGGGGGGUCGCACCUGUGUUCUCCCCGGAAGCUGCGCGGCGUCUGUCCGCUCUGCUCCGCAGGGCGCUCAUCCGCAUCGCCAGGGAGGCGCAGCGGCUCAGCGUCAUGCACUGCCGCUGCACGCGCUUCGACGUGCACAGCGCCAUGAGGCUGGUGCUCAGCUGGGCCCUGGCCGACCACUGCGUGUCUGCCACGGUCAAGGCCAUCUCCAUGUACUGCAUGAGCUCCGGCGAGCUGCUGAGGAAGGGCAAGUCCGCCCGCUGUGGACUCUCGUUCUCCGUGGGGCGCUUCUUCCGCUGGAUGGUGGACACGCGCAUCUCCGUGCGCAUCCACGAAUACGCAGCGAUUUCCCUGACUGCAUGCAUGGAGGCUCUGGUGGAGGAGGUAGGAGUGCGGGUGCUGUUGGCUGACAGGGGUCAGCCCGGGCCUGAUUCGGGCUCAGGGUGCGUUCCUGUGAGUGCAGAGACCCUGGAGGGGGUGGUGAACAAUGACGCCGAGCUGUGGGGAGUCCUGCAACACUAUGAGCACCUGAUCUGCGGGAAGAACGCCAAUGGCGUUUUGUCCCUCCCUGCCCAUUUCAGCCCCUACACAGAGAACCAGCAGACGUCUGUGGACAGCAGGGAGGACGCUUAUGCCCAGCUGGAGCUGAGGACACUGGAACAGUCUCUGCUGGCUACCUGUGUGGGCAGCAUCUCAGAACUCAGUGACUUGGUGUCCCGUGCCAUGCAUCACAUGCAGCGUCUGAGCUCAGCGCGUUCAGGGCUAAGUCCUGCUCGCCACGCCCGUCCCCAGCAGCCCGUGUCCUGGUCGCCUGACGCCCUCCACACCCUUUACUACUUCCUACGCUGCCCACAAAUGGAGUCCAUGGAGAAUCCCAACUUGGAUCCUCCACGCAUGGCUCUUAGCAAAGAGAGGCCUUUCCUGUUGCUCCCACCUCUGAUGGAGUGGAUGAGAGUGGCCAUAGUUCAUGCUGAGCAUCGAAAAAGUCUGUUGGUGGACAGUGACGAUGUGAGACAAACCGCCAGGCUUCUUCUUCCAGGACUUGACUGUGAGCCAAGACAGCUGAGGCCAGAGUGUUGCUUUAGCUCCUUUAAGCGUCUGGACUCGAAAGCUGCCAUUGACAAAUUUAAUCUGGACUUGGGUUUUCGGAUGCUCAACUGUGGUCGCACAGACCUCAUUGGUCAGGCCAUAGAUCUGCUCGGACCAGACGGGGUUAACAGCAUGGACGACCAGGGUAUGACCCCUAUGAUGUAUGCCUGUGCAGCUGGAGAUGAGGCCCUUGUCCAGAUGUUGAUUGAUGCUGGAGCCAACCUUGAUGUGGCGGUUCCGCCAUGUUCCCCAAAGCACCCCUCAGUGCAUCCUGACAGUCGACACUGGACAGCCCUCACCUUCGCUGUGUUGCAUGGACACAUCCCUGUUGUGCAGCUCCUGUUGGAUGCAGGGGCCAACGUGGAGGGGGCAGCAGUCCGCAAUGGACAGGAGAGUACAGCAGACACUCCGCUGCAGCUGGCAUCAGCAGCAGGCAACUACGAGAUGGUGAGUUUGCUCCUGGCACGUGGCGCUGAUCCUCUGUCAAAGACUCACGAUGGAAGUGCCCUCACUUCAUCCCUAUAUGAAGUCAUGAACUGCUUCAGUCAUGCUGCUGCACACGGACACAGGAACGUGCUGAGAAAGCUACUGACUCAGCCUCAGCUAAUCAAAGAGGAUGUCCUGUCUCUGGAGGAGAUCUUAGCUGAGGGGGUGGAAGAUGAAGUUCCAGGGUUCUGCCCUUUUUUCCCUCUCCCCUUGUCAACUCCUGCCAAUGGCACUGCAGCCCCACAGGAAGUGGGGGUACCAAAGCUGUGCAAGGCCAGAAUGAAAGCUCUGCAAGAAGCUAGCUACUACAGCGCUGAGCAUGGCUACCUGGAUGUCACGAUGGAGCUUCGUGCUAUGGGUGUACCGUGGAAACUACACAUGUGGCUGGAGUCACUCCGUUGUGCUCAGCACCAGUCCAAGACAGGGGUCACCCUUUCCCUCCUUAGAGAAUUCACCACAGUCCGAGAAGAGGACUACUGUGACGAAUUAAUCACCACGGGCUUACCUCUUAUGUUCAGUAUCUUGCGUACCACCAAGAAUGAUGCCAUCAUACAGCAGCUGGCAGCUAUUUUUAGUCAUUGUUUUGGCUCAGCACCUCUUCCAUCCAUUCCUGAAAUGAAAGCAGCUCUUUCUGCACAGUUGGACCCCCAUUUUUUAAAUAAUCCAGACAUGUCAGAUGUGACAUUUAUUGUGGAGGGAAAACCGUUCUACGGACACAAAGUCCUUCUGAUCACUGCCUCUGACAGGUUUAAAUCGCUGCUAACAUCUUCUGGACUGGAUGGAAGUCCCAACAAAGAAAUUGAGAUCUGUGACGUAAAGUACAACAUUUUCAAGAUGAUGAUGUCAUACUUUUAUUGUGGAGGGACAGAAUCGCUGAAGACCAGCAUGCCUGACUUACUGGAGCUGCUGUCAGCAGCCAAUUUAUUCCAGUUGGGGGCGCUACAACGACACUGUGAGCUCAUCUGCUCUCAACACAUAAACCUGGAUAACGCAGUCAGCAUCUACAAGACAGCCAAGACACAUGGUUCAGUGGAGCUGUGCUCGUUCUGUGAAGGUUACUUUCUGCAUCAGAUGUCUGCACUAUUAGAAAGAGAGGCCUUCAGGACCCUGUUAUUGGGACCACCUGGAGCUCGACAAGGGAACAACUCCACUUCUUCACUGGCUCACAGCCGUGGUGACUCACCUCUGGAGGAGCUGGAGGCCGCCCUGGCUCAGCGUCUACGCUCUCUACACAUUUCAUCUAGAGUCUGAAGACAUUUGGAAAGACGACACAGAUAAAUGGCAAAAUAUGACAGAAAAGUAUUCAAAGCAGAUCCCCAGGAGUGCGUUUAAAAUCAGACUUAGCCUUUCAGACGUCUGAUUCUGAUGGCUAUAGAGCAGCUCACGCAGUACUUUGAGACUGAAGCAGAUCCAUGAGUAACUUU